AUGCUACUUGUGGGAACGGCCAUAGGUUGUCGGUGUCGUCGAUGUUGUCGAUGCUGUGGGGUGUGGCACGCCACAUUCACGCCAAACCAGUCUUGCUGUGAUGUAAGCUAUCUUUUCUUUAAAUUGCUUCCUUGCCCUGCGGAGAAGAAAUGGGCUGACAGUGCUGCAGCAAAAGGAGACGAGCAGAAAAAAGGAAAGGUGCUCCGUAUUGUUGACAAGAAGGAGCUGUCAGACUACGUCAAGCGCUUUUCAAAUUUCCGUUUCUCAAUUUUUUGAAGUGUCUGAUGAAUUUCUUUUGGACAUAGUGCUCAUUCUCCUUUCGUAAAGUAUACACCUUGCACCUGCGUCAAGGAAAUAGAAAAGACCAUCCCCGACAAGUUUUAGCCCAUCUGCUACUAAUUCCUUCUAAUUUGCUGUACUUACAUAUCACUAUCAUAUCAUUUGCCUUGACUCUACUCCCACUUUUGCGUAUCACUUAUUUGCAAUCCGAGAUUCUCAUUGUUUAGACGGUUACUAAGUACACUUCUAUCUCAUCAUGUAUCUCCAUAUCGUGAAGCUUUAAGCUAGUAAGCAUAGUAGUUUGACUUCCCCGAAGUAUCCUUGUGCC